AUGGCAUGUUCAGCCUUAGCAGAAAGAAUCGGCACCGAGCUUCUGGUAAAGUUUGCUUGUGGUAUCGCAGAAGCUGCUGGCGAGAAGGUUCUUGAAAAGGGCCUCGAGGAGUUGUUUGGCAGCGAUGAACAGAAACUCAAGAACGAGAUCGCAGAUGUCAAGAGGAAACUCGAAGAAACCAUCGGCCUAAUUCGCGAUACAAAGAUUGACAGCCUGUACAAUAGCAUCAUCGACAUUUUCGAGACUGUUGUCAGUGACUCUGGGAUAGCGGACCUCGAGAAGCGCCGGGAGAGAAUGCGUGACCUCCAAAAGCGAUUGGAUACUCAACUCAAGGAGGCUGCUAAGGAGGUCCCCGAGAGUCUGGAACAAAUCAACAACUUUCUCGGCGAGGAGGGAAACAAUUCGAAUUUCGAAUCUUCUGUCUCAAAUGCAGAGCUUUGCGGAGUCUACAGCUACUGGGCAGUUGUCGGUCGGGGUAUCGAGCUUCUAGAGAUGGCGACAAAAUCCCCGAAAGUCCAUUUCCCUGAAGGAGAGAAGACUGUUGUUCGUCACAUUGGAUAUCUCGAGAAGCAGCGAGAAUUCUUCGAGUCGUCCGUUGGCAAGGCAACAAUCGAACUGUACAACAGGCUGAUGGAAGUCAAAGAGGAAGGGAAGUUGCAAGUCUGGUUUGCGACUAACGCUUCAUCUGGGUUCACAAAAAACGAAUCAGCUUUGUCCGUUGGCCUUCCUAUCGCCGUUGCAAACGCCGGGUGGCAGAAAUGGUACCUGACACCUGCGGCGGGUAGGAAGUCACUUGAUUCAUUCAGUGCCGCUGCCUAUUGGCUGCAAGAGAUUGAUACGGGUGAUUAUUUGGGCAGCACGACUGGAGGUCCUGGAGGUCCUGGCCAUGCCGCUGGUAGACCCGUGAUUAAAGGCCAUGGGCGGCUGGAUUUCCCCAUCCAGUGGAACUGGUUUAUCAAGCCUUCAGCGCCUGGUUCCGACAGGUUCACUAUCAGGCAAGAGGAAUCUCCUGGUUGGGCUCUAUCUGUGGACAACCGAACUAAGGCGGCGGCACUGUCAGGGCCCUUGCCUAACCUAAGCGCUGAGUUGUUCCAAAUUCUACCCGUAGAUAACUGA